AUGAGUGGAGGUUGGAAUACAAUCGAGUCCGAUGCGGGCGUCUUCACAUACCUCCUCGAAAACCUCGGCGUAAAAGACGUCCAAUUCGAAGAACUCCUCUCCCUCGACCCCUCCUACCUCUCCGCCCUUCACCCAGUCUACGGCGUAAUCUUCCUCUUCAAAUUCCCCACCGACCGCCCUUACAUGGGGGCCUCUGCCCCUCACGACGGGACCUACGACCAUGCCGCCUCCGAGGAAAUCUUCUUCGCCCACCAGACGAUCCAAAACGCCUGCGGCACGCAAGCCCUCCUCAGCGUCGUGCUCAACCGGCCCGAGAUCGACGUCGGCACGCAGCUCGCCGAGUUCAAAGAAUUCGCGGGCGUGUUGCCGCCGGAUAUCCGUGGCGAGGCGCUGAGCAAUUCCGAGCUUAUCAGGGAGGUGCAUAAUAGCUUCGCCAAGAGUAGUCCCUUUGUCGACGAGACGCAAAAGGAGGGGGAGCCCGAUGAUGCGUUUCAUUUCAUCGCCUAUUUGCCCAUCAAUGGGAAGCUGUACGAGCUGGACGGGUUGCAGCCCGCGCCCAUCUCGCACGGCGAUUGCGCCGCGGCGCCCGAGGCCUUCGCUGCGAAAGUCAUGGACGUGCUGCAGAGGCGCAUCGCGCGCUACGAUGCCUCGGAGAUACGCUUUAAUCUGCUCGCCGUCGUGAGGGAUCGACGGCUGGCGGCCCGGGAGAUUGGAGACGUGGAUACCCUCGAGGCGGAGGAGAGGAAGCGCGAGGCCUGGAUGUUUGAGAAUGCCCUACGGAGACACAAUUUUGUCGGUUUCGCGGGCGAGGUGCUCAAGGGCGUUGUUAAGGCCAAGGUUGCGGAGGGGAAGUUUGAUGAGUGGAUUAAGGAUGCGACGGCGAAGCGGGAGGCGGAGUGGAUGGCUAUGCAGAAGAUUACGGCAGCGAGGAAACAGGGUGGAGAUGUUGAGAUGGAAGGAUGA